GCAUUUUGCAGACAUCGUCGCGUCCCCAUUACCGAUGCCCUCGGACAGACACCACUGCACGCCGCUGCCUUCGCUGGCUUCACUGCCUGCAUCAAUGUGUUGCUCAAUAUAGAAGCAGAAGACGACUGCCUGAUAUCACCGUUGACAGGCUGGAAAGACAAACACGGUGAGACAGCCUUGCAUAUAGCGUGCUCCCGUGGCAAAAUGGACUGUGUUCUGGCGUUGCUGAAAGGUGGCGCUGCACUAAACGCUGUAAACGACAUGAGGAAGACAUGCUUACAGUGUGCUGUUGAUAACAAGCACAGCAACAUUGCCGAGUAUCUUCGUUCCCAAGGAGCACUUCUCUUCAUAGAAUUGAGCGAAACAGCAGCACGGGUCAUUCAAAGCUGGUGGCGAGCUGUACUUCUUCGUAGACGCUUCCGUAAAAUUAGGCUAUGA